UUCCGAUCACCCUCUUGGGCCUCGGCUUGAAGCUCCAGAGCUCCAGUUACCAGCCUCAUCACCAUGCAUCUAUCGUUCCUCCUUGCAUUCAUCCUCUCCUUCGCAGUAUCCGCUUCUUUUCAGGAGCAAAUCAUAAUCUCACCAAUGCCGCAAACCAACAAAGAAUCCAUCGCAUCUCCGUUCACUAGCUCCCAACCCACGCUCGCAGACCUGCUGACUAUCGAGCCCUCAGCGAGCAUUUAUUACUCGUAUGCUCGAGAGACGGAGUGGUCGUCUAGAUUCUCUUCUGAGUCUGUUUGGUUUACGAUGCUCGUACCGACGAACAAGGCUGUCAUGGCACUGGCACGGAAACCACACCAAGGUCCUGAGUCAAUAGAGCCUCAUAUCGGGAUAUCAGAACAAGAACUGGAUGAAAGCUCUAGGAGAAAUGUAGAGCGAUGGGUCUCAGCCCACAUCAUUCCUUCUCGUAUCUCCCUAUCUGAUACCCCUGUUUCGUAUGAAACUCUGCAAGAUGGGAAACUCGUUACUUUCAACCCUGUUCCCGACACAAAGCCUGACUCGCCUGAGUGGAUGCGGGUGACGUUGGAGGAUGGAGUGCGCAUUAUUGGGAUGAAGGAGGCACUGAAUGGCGUAUUGUAUCUGAUAGAUGGCACCGUCGUUCCAAACUGAUUACAAUCUCUGUCGUCGCAUAUAUUAUAUCAUACUGUACGACCUUUGCGAGUAUACUGGACCGUUCCCUCUGAAUUUAUAAAGAGUCCAAUAACUGGACAACGACUGAUAACAUUGUUGAC